AUGGUUCAAGAUAUCGACUUUGGUACGCGCGGAUGGGGAGAGACGCUGCCUGUGCAAGAGCGCCAUGAAGUCUACCCAGCCAUUGAUCCCACCGCCGCCUAUUCUUCUCAAGUACUCAAAGGCAAAGCUACCUUCAUCACGGGCGCCUCGCGUGGCAUCGGCCGUGCUACCGCUUUGACCUUCGCCAAAGCUGGUGCAUCCGUCGCUCUCUCCGCUCGCUCGUCUACAGCUCUGGAUGAGACUGAGGCUCUAAUCCUCAAGAGCGUGCCGCAUGCCAAGGUGGAAAAGUUCGUCGUAGACGUCACGAAGGCCGAAGAGGUCGAGAGCGCCGUUGAUGCGGCGGCUAAGGCAUUUGGGAGGCUGGAUUUUGUCGUGGCUAAUGCGGGUUAUACCAACCCCUUCGACACGCCACUGGAGGAGCGCACAUCUGCAGACUGGUGGCGCACCUUUGAGAUCAACGUCCUAGGCGUAUUCAACACCGUCAGGCCUGCGCUGAAGUACUUGAAGAAGGCCAACGGGUAUUUUGUAGCGAUCACAUCGAUCGGCGCACAGUUCCGCACUCAGUACGCGAGCGAUUAUCAGACGUCGAAGCAUGCACUCAACCGGCUCGUCGAGUUCAUCGCAUUUGAGAAUGCCCCGGUCAAAGUCUUCUCUCUGCACCCGGGCGCAGUAGCCACUGAGAUCGCCAAGACGAGCGGACUAGAGGAGAAAGGAAUCCAGUUCACCGAUCCACCCGAGCUGGCCGCUUCGACGAUGCUGUACCUCUGCUCCGGCAAGGUUGACUGGCUCAGCGGUCGUUAUGUCAGUGUCAACUGGGAUCUGGGCCAGGUUGAGGCCGAGUGGAAGGAGAAGAUCUUGGAGAAGGAUCUGCUGAUCAACAAGCUAGAUGUCGUAGCGUAG